AUGGGGCGUGGGAAAGUGGAGCUCAAGAAGAUCGAGAACACGACGAGCCGCCAGGUCACCUUCUCCAAGAGGCGGAUGGGCCUGCUCAAGAAGGCAAAUGAGCUGGCCAUUCUUUGCGACGCGCAGGUUGGGGUGAUCGUAUUCUCCGGCAGUGGCAAGAUGUACGAGUACUCCAGCCCUCCAUGGAGGAUUGCAAACAUCUUUGACAGAUACCUGAAAGCCCCCAGCACCCGUUUUGAUGAGAUGGACGUCCAGCAGAAAAUCAUCCAUGAGAUGACACGGAUGAAGGAUGAGAGCAACAGGCUGAAGAUCAUCAUGAGGCAGUACAUGGGUGAGGACCUGGGUUCUCUGACCCUGCAAGACGUGAGCAAUCUUGAGCAGCAGAUCGAGUUCUCGCUGUACAAGGUUCGCCUUAGGAAGCAACAGCUGCUUGACCAGCAGCUGCUCGAGAUGCGCCAGAGGGUAUGCGAAACAAGAUGCAUUGAUUUGUCCGGCAUUCCUGAGAUGCACAUGUCAGAGGACCAGAGCAGCAGCUACAUGUUCCACAUGAAUCCGGCGAGGGAUCAGCCGGGCCAGUCGGCCGACGUGAUGAACCCGAAGCUGUUCCCCCUGUGGGACGUCGGCGACCAGAUCUACGGGCAGGACGCCGAGUCCUCCAUGACUGCUCUCAAGCUCUCGCCGCAGCUGCAGGAGUACAAGCUCCAGCCGGUGCAGCCCAACCUGCAGGAGGGCAACCUCCAUGGCUACGUCCUUCGCCUCUGA